UUUAAACAUAGUAUAGAGUCCUAAAACAAAGCAAAAGCAAAGUCAUCAUUUACUCAACCUUCAUUGUUUAUCUUUUUUCUCUCAAUUGACGAUCAUUCUUUUACAAAAAGGAAAAUGGUUAAGAGCUCAUUCAAGCAGGAGCAUGAUCUUGAGAAGAGGCGCGCCGAGGCUGCUAGGAUUAGGGAAAAAUACUCAGAUAGGAUUCCGGUGAUAGUUGAAAAGGCUGAAAAAAGUGAUAUUCCCAACAUCGACAAGAAAAAGUAUCUCGUGCCAGCUGACUUGACAGUUGGGCAAUUUGUCUAUGUCAUUCGCAAGAGAAUCAAAUUGAGUGCAGAAAAGGCAAUAUUCAUAUUUAUUGACAAUGUCCUACCGCCAACAGGGGCAAUCAUGUCUGCAAUCUAUGACGAGAAGAAGGAUGAAGAUGGUUUCCUUUAUGUUACUUACAGUGGAGAAAACACAUUCGGGGACCUGAACGAGCUGUAGCUUUCACGCUAGUAACGUUCGUUGAUUUGCUUACAGUUCCCUUGUUUAUUGUCCUGUGUCACUUCUCUAUCCUGCUAAUAUCCUCUUUCGCUUCUUUGAUCUUAUCAAAGGUUUUAUUGGAAAUAAUUAUGUAUAGCAUAUACUUGCGUAUAGUUCAGAAAAACAAAUGUCGCAAUCUUCUGGCAUAUGAUGUUAAUAAUCAGUUGAAUUCAAUCACUUUAAUGAC